AAACAAACAGUGAAACUAGUUGUUAUGACCAUUUCGUUGUUAUGACAUGAAAAAAAUAGUUUUGUAAUGUGAAUUAGCCUAGAUCAUUAGGAACAGACAUUCAACUUGGGACUUGGGUUAUUAAAAAUAUACCUAAUAAAAUGUCUUUGGAAUUGCUAAAGGAACUUAAAACCACUAUCGCUGGUUUGGAACCUGAAGAUGUUCCGCCCUGGAUCAGAAGAUAUUACCGAAAAUUAGCUCUUUAUUGCUCUAAAGACAAUACAACUUUAAACCAAGCUUCCACCAAGAAGGAAUUUAGAGAUCAUGAUUGCAUUGUUAUUGAAAAACAGACUACUUUAAAAACUUUUGUCACUCCAUAUACUUUGAGAACACUAAAGCCUUUCAUCAUGAUCGACAGAGAAUCAGAGCCCCUCAGAGUGAAGCUUCUCUCUCAGAUAUGUGAGCGACAAAAGAGACAGUAUAAGAGACAUCCGAUAAUGUACAAGUACAUAGAGAAGAGACAUGUAAAAGCUAUCAAUAGACUAUGCCACAUACACUUUUGGCCAGAAAUUGACAUAUCUGAGGCCCUAGAAUUCCCAGAGUUCACUGUGGUGGCUGAGUACAACAGGGUCGUGGUUGGCUUUGGCUUCCUGGUUCCUGACGUGAGUCACUCAGAUGCAUACAUCUCGUUCAUUUUCACUCUCCCAGGGUGGCGAAGGGCGGGAAUCGCUAGGUUUAUGCUGUACCAUCUGAUUAAUACAUGCCGAGGUAAAGACAUUACUCUACACGUGUCAGCUUCCAACAGUUCAGCACUACUACUCUACCAACAGUUUGCCUUCAAACCAGAGGAGUUUAUACAGAAUUUCUAUGACAAGUUUAUACCAGCUAAUUCAAGAGAAUGUCGACAUGCAUUUUUUCUCCGACUCCCCAAAUAGUUAUAGAGUAAAAGUAUUAUUAAUAUUGCUAUUAUAUUAACUUUUUGGAGAGGCCUCUCAACACACAAAGAUUCAGUAGUUCAACUGAACUUUACAUUUUUAGCGAAUUUCCCAUAUAGGGAACUAGCAGAGUACCCGUCCUUCGUACGGGGUUGGCAUAUAAGUAUAAAAUGCUUAUUAUUGCAGUCAUACCAAACUAAAGCUUUGCGUUUGCAAUGGGGGAGGACACAUUUUGAUAAAAUUUGCUUCUUUAAAUUUACGGUAUACUAUAGACACAUCUACCAUAGCCAUACCACCAUAGCCAUGUUCCACCACUUCACCUAAACAAUACAGAAAAAUAAAUUAUAAAAAAUUUACAAAAUAUAUACAAUUAUUCAUGAAAUUAAAAACAUAAACAUAACUGUAAACAAUCCUACUUUGACAGUUCUCAUUGCAUAUCACACUUUUUUGUUGCUGCUGAGUUAAAAUUAGCUGUUUUCAUAAAUGCAAAAAAAUAGUGCUACACCCUGCUGGUAAAUCUUAUAACUUUUAAUGCUUUUGCAUAUCAUAGAACCAAAAUUUUUGGUUGAAACAGCUGACUAAAUUCUUUAAUUACCUUUAAAUAUGAAUACUCAUAAGGUUAACAUGGGGAACAACAGAGCCACUGGGGCAGAGCCCGAAAGGAUUUUUAAGAUAAGAAUAUGCCUAUAUGUUAAUCGGGAAUGUGAGCUAUCAUCAUGCCAAAUUUCAGCCCAAUCCACCCAGUAGUUUAUGCGUGAUUGAACUUCAAACAAACAGACAAAAAAACACACAUACUUUCACAUUUAUAAUAUUAGUAAGAUAAGCUAUUACCGUAGUACUCAUGGUAAGACCUGGACCUGGGACCGAUUUGAUUUUUCAUUUUGAGGUCCCUAGAGGCCAAAAACACCAUCCGUUCAAAUUCAUAUAUAUAUAUAUACAGGGUGAAUAAAAAGUCAAGACCCCCCCAUCUAAUAUU